AAAUUAAAGGAGUUUUGCAGGACUCGGCUCCAAAAAAAGGGGAGUGAUCACAUUAGAAAUCGGGGGGUGUUCACUUCACACACUGCUGGUCCGGCCUCAAAGCAGAUAGAAAAGGGCUUCAUCAGCUUCCUUUUUCAACAAAUGUUUAUCUGCCAAGGUGCUGCUCCUGGUAGUGGGUGGAGGUCAGUUCGGGGAGGAGGGGCGUGCAGUCACCGUUCAUUUCAUUAUCGAGCCUUGUGUCGCCACUGGGAGAACCUGGGAAGGUUACUGCUGACUACGCUGAAGACAAAGUAUUACUUUAGCAAAACUUUUGGAAACGCCGGCUUUUUUUUGUUUGGCCCGACACUGAUUUGCUUUGCUGGCUUCUUUUAAACUCAAGAGUUAGGAAUGCUGCCGGUGUGUGUGGCUGAUUCAGUUUGCUAGAAUUACUGAUACACACGAGGUCUCCUGGAACACUACAGCUUGAUUUGCGCUCUUGACUUUGUACGGGGAGGGGGCGAAAUUAAUCGCAUUUCUAAGAUGCCAUUGGGACAUAUCAUGAGAAUAGAUCUAGAGAAAAUUGCUCUGGACUACAUUGCGCCUUGUUUACAUGAUAUUGGCUUUUGCUACCUCGACAAUUUUUUGGGUGACUUAGUAGCAAAUUGUAUCCUGGAGCGCGUGAAACAGAUGCAUUAUAAUGGGGAGCUGCAGGAUGGUCAGCUAGCCGGCCAGCGCAAUGGCAUCUCCAAAAGACACUUGAGGGGAGACCAGAUAAAAUGGAUCGCAGGCACCGAGGAGGGAUGUGAAGCCAUCAACUUUCUCUUGUCACUGAUAGACAGGCUGGUGAUGUACUGUGGAAGUAGACUGGGCAAAUACUAUGUGAAAGAGAGGUCCAAGGCAAUGGUAGCCUGCUACCCUGGGAAUGGAACUGGCUAUGUGCGUCAUGUAGACAAUCCCAAUGGUGAUGGGCGCUGUAUCACUUGUAUUUACUACCUGAAUAAGAACUGGGAUUCAAAGCUGCAUGGGGGAAUUCUACGAAUAUUCCCGGAGGGCAAAUCUUACGUAGCAGAUGUUGAACCGAUAUUCGAUAGAUUGCUUUUUUUCUGGUCAGACCGAAGAAACCCACAUGAAGUGCAGCCCUCCUAUGCAACAAGGUAUGCCAUGACUGUGUGGUAUUUUGAUGCUGAAGAACGAGCAGAAGCCAAAAAGAAAUUCAGGAAUUUAGUUGAUGCAGGGAAGACAGAAGCAGUUCUUAAUGAAGACUGAACAGUGGUUUAUCCAAUGCAAUUAUUUUGUAGUGACAAUUUUGGGACUGUUUGCAAGCAAUAAGAUCCAAAGACGAGGUCUGUUUCCAGUGCUUAUUGGAUGCUCUUCUUGCAAAAAUGCACUAUUUUUUGGCACUGCCUAGCAUUUGCAUAUUACAGUGAUGGUACUCGUGGCAGCUUCCUAUCACACCUAUUUGUCAUAAAGCACCCCUAUUUUCUACUUGCCUUUAAGUGAAGAAUGCCAUCAGGGUUUUAGAAAGUGAAGAAUAUCACCAAGCCUCCAGCUCAUGUCAAGGUCAAGUUGGCAAUACUGCUAAUAAAGAUUCUAAGCGUUCGAAAUAGUUGAGGAAGCCCAUGUCUUAGUUGCACUUCAUGUACAUUUUUUCUAGUUCAAUGGGAAAGAGCUUUACAAAGGAUCCUCCAUGGCAACACACUACAGAUGGGAAACAACACAAGCAAUCAGAGAUGCAAAACGGAACGACAUAUUUGUCAGAAGCCACGUUCAUUAUGCGCAACUUGGGGCUUUUUAUGGGCCGCUUUGUCACUUUGCUUACAGACUAUUGGCUUCACUGGCCUAUAUCAUUAUUACUAUUUUUUUAAAAACGGUAAGCCUAUCACUUACCAUAAAAUUGCCUGGAUUUUAUCCACGUUGCUAAAGCCAACCAGCAGCAGCGGUUCCAUCGCUUUGCCUUUUAAAGCCCCAGGGCAGAGGCAGAGGCAGUUGUGCAGCUGUCCACUGUUUUGUGACAAUCAUUUUCUUUUCUGAAGUAUGAGGGAUAUGUGUAUGAUUUUCAUUUGCUUCAUUUUAUGAAGCAGCCAGUCCCACUUCCUAUCCAAAUUUGUAAAGGUUUUAGGAAACGUUGAUGGCCAACUACAGGCAUAUAUGUCAAGAGUUCACCUAGUCACGCUUUAUUUUAAUUUUAUUUUUUUAAACUGAUCUUCCACCAGCCAUGCUUUGUAAAACAGAAAUAGAGCUCUGUAUGUUUGACUGGCAAAUCACGGCAGAUAACUGGGCAGCUUAAGAGACAUGGGAUGCCAUCGUGAAUUAGUUUAAAUCUGUGAUUGAAUUUCUUAUCCGACAUCAAUGGAGUCUAGACUGUACAACUGAAUCUCAAAUUUAACACUGUUUGUGAAUGCAAGAAAAAGUAUGUUCAACAUUGUAAUCUUAGAACUCAGUCCUAAGAUUUGUUGUGCGAGUAAACUGCUGAGGCAGGUAUGGUAAUUAUCAAGCACACCUUUUCUUACCCAAGUUUCACUUUUUUAAACAAAAUAUAUAUAUUUAACAAAUAACUUUUCUAUUCUUAGUAGCAGAACCAAGACAUUCAGCACUUAGCAUGGAUUGUGCUUAGGGUGGGAGCAAUACAAUGGUUAUUCCCCUCAAAAUAUUCUUGUUUUCACCAACUAUGUAACACAGGGGUUUCCAAACUGUGGUCCAUGGACCACCAGUGGCCCACAAGCUUCAUUCAGAUGGUCCGUGACAUGUCCUCAUUAAAUGUUAAUAUUGAUUUUAAUUGUAUUUUGUUGCUUCUUUUAUUUCUUAUAUUGUAUUAUAAUUUGAAUUCUGUGGAAUCCAAAUUGUAAUACAAUAAAAUGUAACAUGAGAAAUAAAAGAAGCAGUAAAAAUACAUUUUAAAAUAAUCUAACACAGUGCUUCAUAAUUGCUACAACGGGUAGAAAAAUCAUUAAGUAGUCCACGGAGACAAUUAGCAAGUUUCAAGUAGUGGUUCAUGAGGGGGAAGGUUUGGGAACCACUGAUGUAACAUAAACAUCCUCUGGAUAGGAAUUCACUCUCUUCACUACCCAUAGCAAUGUUGUGAAUCUUGCUUUGUUCUUCCAUGUGUACAUAUUUUCUUCCACGUUCCAUAGCCUUCCAGGAACUUAAUUGGCUCUGGCAAUUUUAUUUUUCUUUUCCUUUUCUUGGUCACUAAAUUUUCUGCUAUUACGCUUUAUACAGCUAAAGAAUGUUGUCAUAUUCCCUUAUUCCUGGAUAAGCAUGCUGCUUCCCAAGAACUAGAGCCUGUGAACAAGACUAAUAUUUAGGCACUGUUCAGCCUUAGUACGUAUCUGUGUGAGAAUAUCUAAGCCAUUUAACAAUACGGUAUGUAAAGGCAAUAUAUUUCAUAGCAAAAUGACUUUGUUUCAGAAAAAAAAGACGUUUACUGUCUGUAUUUGAAGUCUGAAUUUUAAGAUGCUUCUGAAUUAUUCCACUUCAUACAUUUUUCCCUUGAAUUCCUAUGUGAUCAGGAUGGAUUUAUACAUUUUGGUGGGAUGCUGUGUGACUUCAGCACACACAGUCUACUUAAUUUCAGAAAGAAGUGAUCAGCACAAAUUAAGACUCGAGUAGAUAAAGCAUAGAAAGCCAGUUCAUCCCAUCUCUGUUAGUGAGUGAUAACCCCCCCCCCGCAGAUAACCCCUAAAUAGCUGGUCAGUUGGAAAGGAAAUGUAUGUAUACCACACACACACACACACACACACACACACACACACACACACACACACACACACACACUCUCUCUCUCUCUCUCUCUCUCUCUCUCUCUCUCUCUCUCUCUCUCUCUCUCUCUCUCUCUCUCUCUUUUAUAAAGCUACGUCCUCACCAGUCAUUGAUAAGCAAAGUCCUGCCUGCUCAUCCCUUUUAACCCCUAAGCAUCUUAAAACUUGAAAAGCCUAGGCAGGAAUACUUUAGGGGGGACGCUUAUAUGCCGUUUCCAACUCUACUAUUCUGUGAGGGCUAUGGUAGUAAGGUUGGUGCGUUUGAAUGUCUGAGCAUUUUACUGACUUACAUUUAUGCAACAUUUAUGAUAACUUUCAGAUUAUUAUAAAAAGAUAAAGUGUUUUGAAUGGCUUUGAAUCCAAUUUCAGCAGUCAGUAAUUGAUCUAUUAAGAAACUGUCUAGAAGUCAAAGAUACUUUUGAUAUUAUUCAGGCCCCCACCAAAGGGCACCAGCUGAAGACUAGAACUGGAAGGAGUGUAAAAUAAUUUCAGUGCAUUUAGUAUUAAUAAAGCAUGUUUAUUAGACACUUGAGUUUCAACUCAGAUGCUUUUACCUGAGGUAAAAUAAUUGCAAGUCACCAUUCAUGGAGUGACAGCAUAAUGUUCUCUACACAAAAACAUGGUGUGUACACCAUUAAGUGUAUGGGAUUACAGCCUUCAUUGAUUAGUCUAAUAGUUAACUCAAUUAAAAGCAUGCAGUCCAAUAAUUAUCUUUCCAAAUCCGAUUCCUUUGCACAUCAAGCACACCAUACAAAGUUGUUGUUCAAAGCAAUUGUGUUUACUGUGGAAUGAAAUUCUGUUCUUGUUUUUGCAUCUCAUACUAAUGUUUUGUUCCUUCCAUACUGAUUAGAUAAUUUUGGUAUUACUUUUCAACAUAAUCAGUUCUACUGUUGUUUGCAUGGAAAUUGCACCUAUUUGCUGGCAAAUUUCUCUUUUUUUUCUUCUUUUGUGACUUACUCCCUAACAAUCUCUCUGGGAGUACAUUUUGGGCAUACAUUUUGCCAGGUUGCAUGCUGGUCAUUGUUGCUGGCAGGUGGGCUGGAUGCUGAAUGAUUCUGUGGUAUUUUGCCGUCAUACCCACAUUUUGUGUUCAUGUUAUUUUUUUAAAAGUGGAAUGAAAUAAAGUGUUGCAGGAGUCAAUAAACACUGGGUGACAUCCAUCA